UCUGCUAACGUACGAAACCAGAGGGCAGAACAGGACGCGAUCACACGUUCCUGCCCGUGAGCAAUCUUCCAACUAAUCUCUCUCUCUGAUUUACUGUGAAAAAGUAUGAAAAUGACCUAGGGUAUUUUACUUAUUCCACCCUGAUUUCAAUGAAAGCAGAUACACGUGCUAGUUUCGGCGGUUGGGGAACACGCGUCUAAUGAAGGUUAUUUUUAAGCAACUUGAAAUGUUAACAGAACCAGUGCUAAGCAACUGUGCGUCAGAUUUUGGAUUGCCGGCUGCAGAACAAAAUGCGGUUAGUAUGAUUUAUUCAUGGCUGUUCAUUUUUGUAGUCUAUUAUUGUACAUCAGUUAAUUUAAUAUUUAUUUUAAAGCUUUUGCAAUCACUGGGAGCACCGCAUGUAGAAUCCUUCAAUUAUAUGCUGGAGGCUGGUUUGAUGGAGAGUAUACAGAAUAUUGAACCAGUGUUUUUAACUUUACCUAAUGGAGAUAAGGUGGUAUUCAAAGUAGACGAUGUUACGAUCUAUCAACCAAUGGUGCCGUUGGGUACAAUCGGUGUAAAAAAUCAUAAGAUCUACCCUACGGAAUGUCGUCAAAGAGGAGCUACAUACAAAGCCAAGUUAACUGCAAAAAUUUCUUGGUCUAUCAAUGGCAAACAGCAAGAGAGCUUGGAGAAAGAUUUGGGAGAAAUUCCUAUUAUGGUUAAGUCCAACCGGUGUCAUUUAAACAAAUUGUCUCCAGCAGAAUUAGUGACUCAUGGAGAACACGAGCAGGAAUGGGGAGGUUAUUUUGUAGUUAAAGGUCAUGAAAGACUGAUCAGAAUGUUGUUAUUGACUCGUAGAAACUAUCCUAUUACGGUUCGGCGAUCUGGAUGGAAAGCUCGAGGGAUUCAAUUUAGCGAUAUGGGUCUUCUUUUAAGGAGUGUGACAGAUGAUGGCAGUGCAGUGACCAAUACGUUGCAUUACGUCACAGAUGGAUCUGUAAAGUUAAUGUUUUCACACAGAAAAGUUCUUUACUAUGUUCCUUUAAUUUUAAUGCUGAAAUGUCUACUUGAUGUUUCGGAUAAAUAUAUAUUUAAUUUACUGACUGCCGGAAAUGAAGAUGACUUGUAUUAUAGGGGAUGUAUACUAAAUAUGCUACGAGCUGUUCAUGACGAAGGCUUGCAUAAUCAUAAUCAAUGUAAAGCAUAUAUCGGAAGGAUGUUCAGGAUUAAAUUUUUUGAAUUACCAAUAGAUAUAACAGACAGUGAAAUUUGUGACUUCAUUAUCAGAAAGUGCAUUGCCAUUCAUUUAGAUGAACCUGACGAUAAAUUUAAUUUACUUGCCUUUAUGACUCAAAAAUUAUUUGCUUUUGCUAAUAACAAAUGUGCUGUCGAGGGUGCAGAUGCUGUAAUGAUGCAGGAAUGUUUACUUGGAGGCUACUUAUAUCUGCAGGUUCUGAAAGAGAAAUUAUAUUCGUGGUUGGUGGGUUUAAAAGCCACGGUUACAAAGCGUAUGAAAAAUACUGGAAGUGCAUAUGCAUUAACUGUGCAGGAAAUGUUGACCGCUUUAAAAUAUUGUGGUACUCUUGAAACGCAAAUGGAAAAUUUUGUGGCUACUGGAAAUAUAAAAAGUAAUUCUGGACUUGGCUUGAUGCAAAAUACAGGUCUUACGAUAGUAGCAGAGAACAUAAACAGAAUGCGUUACAUGAGUCAUUUUCGAGCGAUUCACAGGGGUUCGUUCUUCCAAGAGAUGAGGACCACCGAAGCUAGACAAUUGUUGCCAGAUGCUUGGGGCUUUAUCUGUCCCGUUCAUACACCGGAUGGAACGCCUUGUGGCCUCCUGAAUCAUCUUACCAUGAACUGUAUAGUUACUAAACAUCCAGAUAAGAAAUUGGUAGCUGGUAUUCGUACUGUACUCAUGGAUUUGGGAAUGCUGCCACUAUCAAUUGCUAAGAAUUCUAAGGAUACCUACACUGUGAUGUUGGAUGGAAACAUAAUAGGUCAUCUAGAGAAUAAUAUCGUAGCUAGAGUUGUGGAUAAACUCCGUAUUAUAAAAAUUGCCGGAAAAAAGAUACCAUCGACACUAGAAAUAGUUUUGGUCCCUAAGAAAAGUGUGCCUUCUCAAUAUCCAGGUUUAUAUUUGUUCACUGGUCCGUCUCGAAUGAUGAGGCCUGUAAUAAAUCUAGUUGCUAAUAAUGUCGAGUUAAUUGGUACGUUUGAACAAGUUUAUAUGGAUAUCUGCAUAACACCUGAAGAGGCAUAUAAUGGGCUAACAACUCACCAAGAACUAUCAAAAACUGGCUUCAUCAGCAAUCUAGCGAGUCUUAUACCGAUGCCAGAUUGCAAUCAAAGUCCUAGGAAUAUGUAUCAGUGUCAAAUGGGUAAACAGACAAUGGGCACACCCUGUCACACAUGGCAUCUGCAAUCGGAGACAAAACUGUACAGAUUACAAACCCCUGCAACGCCGCUUUUCAGACCAGUUCAUCAUGACAAUAUCAACAUGGAUGAGUAUGCAAUGGGCACUAAUGCUAUAGUAGCUGUUAUUUCUUACACGGGAUACGAUAUGGAAGAUGCAAUGAUAAUAAAUAAAGCUGCAUAUGAAAGAGGUCUUGCUCAUGGGAUGAUAUAUAAGUCGGAAUUUGUUGAUCUCAAAGACCAGAAGAGUUAUUUUUGUCGAAAUCCUGAUAGCCCCGAGUUAGCAGACAAAUUGGACCCCGAUGGUUUGCCCAUACUUGGUACAACAAUUAAAUUCAACGAUUUUUACUACAGUUAUUACGACGCAGAACAAGCCAGAUACCGCGUAGGCAAAUACAAAGGAAAGGAGGAUGUUUAUGUUGAUAACGUUCGACUUUGCGGUACUCUGCAGGCUACUUUUCCUAGAAGAGCCUGUAUAACAUUUCGCGUUCCACGUAACCCCAGCGUUGGAGACAAAUUUGCUUCAAGGGCUGGUCAGAAAGGCAUUUGUUCGCAAAAGUGGCCUGCAGAGGAUUUGCCUUUCACUGAAACAGGGCUAAUUCCAGACAUUGUAUUUAACCCACAUGGUUUUCCAAGUCGAAUGACCAUCGCUAUGAUGAUAGAAGUCAUGGCUGGUAAAUCAGCAGCUCUUCAUGGCUUGGUGCACGAUGCAACACCUUUCAGAUUUUCUGAAGAAGACACCGCAGCUGAUUUCUUUGGGAAACUGUUGGAACGAGGUGGAUAUAAUUAUUAUGGGACGGAGAGAAUGUAUUCUGGUAUAAAUGGUCGUGAGAUGACAGCUAAUAUUUUCUGCGGUGUUGUGCAUUAUCAGAGAUUACGACACAUGGUAUCGGACAAGUGGCAGGUCAGAAGCACCGGGCCAAUUGAUGUUUUAACGAGACAGCCAAUUAAGGGACGUCGGAGAUGUGGGGGUGUAAGAUUUGGAGAGAUGGAACGAGACUCCUUGAUUUCACAUGGCUGUGCAUACUUACUUCAGGAUCGCUUAUUCCACUGUUCUGACAAAACUACGACAAUGGUGUGUAAAAAGUGUGGCACCUUAUUAGGACCUGUGAUGGACGUAGUGUUAAAUGAGUCUGGUGAAGGAGAGAAAAGAACCAGGUGUCGUCUCUGUGGAGAUGGCGGAGUAGUUGCAGAAGUUGACAUACCUUAUAUAUUCCGAUAUCUUGUAACUCAACUCACUUCUUGUAAUAUCAACGUGAAAUUAACGUUUUCUGAAGAAUAAAAUACCUUUCUUACAGUU